UUGGGCCACAAAAUUGCACCUUCCAAGUGCCUCUGUGUAGAAAAUUCCGGUUAAUACGGCUCUUCUAAAACUCUGUUCGGUCAUUUUACGAAAAUCAUGGAGUCUCCCACACUCGAAGAGAGCGAGGAACCAAAGCUUGAGCUAUCGGACCUGCCCGAUGAGCUGUUGGUUAUGAUAUUUGAUAAAUUGGAUGUUCUGGGCCUCAAGGAAGCAUCGCUAGUUUGCAGCAGAUGGGCGGGGCUCGCCUUUUCCGGUUGUCGGAUGGAUCGUGUGCUGUUAAAGGUGGAUUAUACCCUUCACGAGCCAGCCGAUUACGAUAAAACGUUUCUCGAGAGUACGCGAAACUAUCGGCACUUACAGUACGCGUACAGCACCGAGGAGAUGGGUUUAAAUUAUUUCCUAAAUCUGUUAAAAAAGUUCAAAAACUCCCUCCAGACGCUAAAGAUUUGGCCGAACUUUUUCAUUACGCUGUACCAGCUGCAACAGAUUUUGCUCGAGCUACCCGAUCUGCAGCAUCUCUCCGUGCAAUCCAGAAUAUGUUACGAUUUCGAAAUGCGAAACGUUCCGCAGGAACCGUUUCCUGUGAGAAGUAAGCUAAGGAGCCUGCUGCUGGACACGGAGAUCGGAUUACAGUGCGAUGGUUUCGAUAUUCGAACCGUGGCUCCGAACUUGGCCUGCCUAGACAUGGACUGUGAUUCCCAGCAAGCGCUAGAAGUGUACAAACAUUUCAGCGGGCAGCUAACAUCCGUAGGAGUGUUUUUUAAGAUCGAAGAUUUUUUCCUCCGCUUUUGUGAGCUAACUUUUCCGCUGGUAGAGAUACUGGACUUUUAUUGUGACGAUGAACAGAUGUUCGACCGAACAGCAGUCAGGACCAUUUGCAGUUUCUUCCGAAAUCUCACCAAACUGCGUCGAUUAACUUUGCGGUGCAAUGUUUCAAUGGAGGUGAUAGAGUCCAUUACCAGGCAUUGUCGAGAACUGGUAUAUUUAUCGCUCAAAACGGAUCUUCUGCAAGAAAAUUCUCUGCAAUCUCUGGGACAACUAUCGAAUCUCAAAACACUUACAUUAGACGGAUGGAUGUUGGAUAAUGUUUUGCAUGGAUGCAAGCCGAUACCAGCGCUUGGCAGUGUUCGGUUGGUUUCCACGAAGCUCAGUGAUCCAUUCGUUUUGUAUGGCCAUCUCGGGAACGUUGCUCCAAAUCUCUGGGAUCUAGUUAUCAUCGAAGCCGACAUAGACGAUAAUGUACUCCAGUUUAUUUGUGAUAAUUUCAAACACCUCAAGUGUUUGACAAUGGAGAGCUGCCUAAUGAUCACUGAUAAGGGACUUAAAUAUACUGGCCGUUUACCGAUCCUGAGGGAUUUGCAGCUCGGAUUCAUGGACAUCACUGGUGCGGCCUUAACUAGUUUUCCCUCCAACACUAUCCAUUACAUCUCAAUGUUGCGUUGUGAUUUGAUAACGGAUGACGAUCUUCUGAAACUUCCGGUGGCCUUCCCUUCUCUUCAGCAACUGGACGUUACGUCGUGUCACCGUGUGUCCGAAGACGGCAUUGCUCGACUGCGUGCCGUUAUGCCAUCAUGCUGCAUAGAAGAUCGACUUCUUACUGAGUAAGAGUAACGUUGAAUUGUUCAUUGUUAAAUAAAGCGUUGCUCAAAACAAAACCAAAUAAUAGACACACAAAAAGAUGGUCUAACAACCAUCGUAACGGCCUUCUCCUCUCUCCUCCUUCCUUCCAACU